GUCGCACGUGCGAAUUCUCCAGCGCUAGUAAGAAGAGGGGGCGAGGCGUGAAAGAGAAACCGAUCUAGGGUUUCUUGGAGGUUCAAUCCAACUGAUCUCCAUCCCGGAUCCGGGGGCUUCCGACCUUCCUAGGUUUCAGGUCCGAAAAGGGACUCAGUUUCUUGGGCUUUGGAGGGAGAGAAUUGGGAUUAGAGUUAGGUUAGGAUUUGGUUCACUGACGUGUGUCAGUCGCUGGUCUUGUUUCUGUUUCCCUGGUUGUCGAUGGAGAUCGGAGGCGUUCCGAUGUGAUUUGCGGAUCGGACUGCAGGAUUUAAACUGGGAGGACAUAUAUUCCUGAUCCAUCUCUGAAUUGUUCAAGGCAGUUUGAGAACUUUGUCCGUCUCAAUUUCUUCAUAGAGAUCCAAUUUUGCCCUCGCUUCAUUCGUUGCUUGCAAAUUCCUUCUGUUGCUGUGCAGCCUGAGUUGCUGAUAUGAAGACUCAUGAACGUGCUGCAAAUCUUGCGCUUCUAGGUCUAACCUUUGCACCACUUGUCCUGAAGGUAGAUCCCAAUUUGAAUGUAAUUUUGACAGCAUGCCUAACUGUUUAUGUGGGUUGCUUUCGGUCGGUCAAACCAACACCACCAUCAGAAACAAUGUCAAACGAACAUGCCAUGCGCUUUCCUCUUGUUGGGAGUGCAAUGCUCCUAUCAUUGUUUUUACUUUUCAAAUUCUUCUCAAAAGAUUUGGUGAACGCUAUUCUUACAUGUUACUUUUUUGUCCUUGGGAUCAUCGCUCUUUCGGCAACAUUGUUACCUUCAAUUAAACGUUUUCUUCCAAAACAUUGGAAUGAAGACCUCAUCGUUUGGCGUGCUCCAUACUUUCGCUCUGCUUCACUGGAGUUCACCAGGUCUCAGAUUGUUGCCUCAAUUCCAGGAACCUUUUUCUGUGUGUGGUAUGCUUUGCAGAAGCAUUGGCUCGCUAACAAUAUUUUGGGGAUUGCAUUCUGCAUUCAGGGAAUUGAAAUGCUAUCAUUGGGCUCAUUUAAAACUGGUGCCAUUCUAUUGGCUGGACUGUUUGUGUAUGAUAUCUUCUGGGUGUUCUUUACUCCUGUGAUGGUUAGUGUUGCUAAGUCUUUUGAUGCUCCCAUAAAGCUUCUAUUCCCAACUUCUGAUUUGGCACGGCCUUUUUCCAUGCUUGGCCUUGGGGAUAUUGUGAUUCCUGGGAUUUUUGUAGCAUUGGCAUUGCGCUUUGAUGUAUCAAGAGGAAAACAAAUUCGCUAUUUUAAUAGUGCAUUUUUUGGAUACACACUUGGUUUGGUCCUUACUAUUGUUGUGAUGAACUGGUUUCAAGCUGCACAGCCUGCUCUUCUAUACAUAGUUCCUAGUGUUGUUGGAUCUGUGGCUGUCCACUGCCUGUGGAAUGGGGAAGCAAAACCGCUUCUAGAGUAUGAUGAAUCAAAGACAGCAUCAGCCAGCAGUUCUUCAGAAGAUGGAGAUGCUAAAGCCAAAUAGAAAUAGGAAUAGUGGCCAAUGGAUUGGAGUGCAGAACCUUUCUGAUAUAUGACAGAUGCCAUUACUAACUCUUACAGAACUGAUGGUUGGAAGAAUUGCUCCCAAUUGCUUUUGGAAUCACAAAGUUUUAUAAAAUACAAUAAAUCUUUUAUAGAUUAUGAAUCCGGUGCCUCACUUUAGACAUUUAUCAAUUUCUUUUCCCUUUAUCUUUGGAUGCUGUUUUCUUCCAAGUCUAUUUCUGCUGCCAUUUUCCAUUUUGUUUCCAGGAAGUCUGAGCUUGGCACAUCAUUUUUGUAUUGAAAGCUAUCAGAGCUGGUAGGGGAGGCUUUUCAGUUUCCGCCACGCGACUCAAUUAUUUGGUUCUGGGACAUAUGUCGAUAGACCAUCCUUGCUAGACUCUAAUACUAUUUAUCAAAAAGCUUUGCCGGUUUGGAUGACUUGCAGGGGUACACAGGCGAACCUGUGAAUGAUUCAAGGCCAACCUAUGAUCCUAUCAUGUACUCAUACAGUAUGAGUUUCCAUGGUUCUGAGUAAUUAAGUCUGUUCGGAUGUCUUCUGAAGGCACGGUAAGAUCUCAGGUCCAUCAGCUAACGGCAAUGAAGUGCAUGACACAGCAGGCAUGUGCUAAACUCUAAAUUCUGAUGAAGUGCGAUACCUAUACGGAUCUAUUAGCUUGGUUAGCUGCCACUUUCAUCAUCUUUCAAAUGCAAUAUGUUUGCAAAAUGGUUAACAACAAUUAUCACCAUUUUCAUCCAUUUAGCCUCUUUGCAGCUGGCCGCAUGAUGCAUGAGUCAUUUACUUGAUGCUGAUGUUCAGGUGUCUGUUUUUUUUUUUAUAUAAAAAAGAAGGGAGGGAAAAAGAGCUGGUUUGAAUGUGGGCUAUGAUAUCUGUGGCUGUUGCCUUAAAACUUCUACGGCUGCUGAAUUUUGGAAUACAAGAUUUUCAUCAUUGCUUA